AUGGCUUCAAAAAUCCCCCCUCAAAUUGUUCACGAUCCAUUAAAUGCUUCAACAUCAAAUACCAUUGCGGCAGAUCAAAAUGAAUUCAGCGAUGACCUCUCGGACGAAGCGGAAACCAUUAUGAUCCCUCAUAUAUCAGAUGAGGAUGCACAAUCCAUCAUCGGUGUAUCUCUCAGUCAUGCAGCUUCGCGUUUGAAGUCUUCAAAAACACCUGCUGCAGAGAAGGCUGCUGCCAUGGAUAAUUUGGAAGGAGGUUAUUUUGAUAGCGACCCCGAGACUCCAACUUUGGAACCGACAAUGAAACCACCAUUCGAUGAGGAUUCGAGGAAUACAAAAGGGGAGGACUCGACAUUGGGAAAACUACCAUCGCCGAAGCUUUCACCCAAACUCGAUUCCGCUAUGAAACCUCCACCUCCUCAAUCGCGGCCAGAACCAAAGCCAACGGUGGUUAUAGAACCACCGAAUGAAGCUCGCACAUCAGCCAUGGCUAGUGUAUUUCAUCCUGGAAGGAAACGUCAGAGUUCAUUAUCUAGUGGUGCUGAUGCACUCAAAAAACUUCUACCAAAAGGGUUACCUUCAAUGUCUCAGGUGGGAAACUUAUUUGGUACAUCAACAAGCUCAAAUCAUAAGUCUCGGUCAUCUUUUCACGCCCCAAGAAGCGCCACGUUCCACCCCUUUUCUACCUCACCUAGUCGUUCAAAAGAUGAGGGUUCAUCAUCUACAAAUAAUCGUCAGGUAAAGGAGCACCUUCCAGCUCAAUAUCGACCAUCACAACGUCAUAGUAAUUCACAUCUUCAGAAUGAAAUUAUAGCGGGUAAUAAUAGUUCAACGGAACGUCCAAGAACUAUUCGCAGAGCAACAUCUGAUGAUUCAUUACUAUAUCAUAGCUUAUCUCGAACCUCAUCACUAGGUGAUGAUUCACGGUUUGAAAAUCACCGCGAACAAGUCAACUCUCGAGUUAAAGCUAUCAGAGAUUCCUUUCAAGAUCGUUCAACCUUUCGAAUGCCACAAUUGCCCAGUAUGCCAAACAUAUUACCAGCUGUUACCAAAAAGAAACCACUUGAGCCGAGUCCCUCAUUCUCGAAAUACGAUUCCUUCGGUAAAGAUAAUGCUCGCUCAUCAACGAAACCUACCAAUGCUUUAGAUAAGGCCAUGGAAAAUUUAACCGGAGAUGUUGUAAUUAUGGGUGGAUAUCGAGGUUCGAUACUUCGAUCCGCUAAAGCACCAAAUCAUCAACUUUGGGUACCUGUUAAGGUAGGACUCAAUAUUCGUAAAGUGGAUUUAGAAGUUGGUUUGAAUCUAGAGGAUGAGGAGAGGAUGGAAGAAAGUAUUAUCCCAUCCGGGAUGCUAAAGAAUAUUGGGCCAGUAGACAUAUCCAGGCGGUUAUUCAAGCGACUUGAAAAUUGCGAAAAUGCCCAAAAUGGUAAAUUGAGAGUGUGGGAUUAUGGUUAUGAUUGGAGGUUAAGUCCACAUCUGUUAAGUCGAAAGCUUAAAGCCUUCCUGGAGAAAUUACCUUCUAAUCGACCAGGUCCUAAUGGAGAAAAACCCACUGGUGCUUUGGUGAUUGCACAUUCAUUAGGAGGUUUAAUUACGCGACAUGUUGUGAAUCAAAAACCUGAGUUGUUUAGUGGGGUUAUAUAUGCUGGUGUUCCACAAUCAUGUGUGAAUAUCCUAGGUCCCUUCAGAAAUGGAGAUGCUGUCCUACUGAGCUCAAGAGUAUUAACGGCUCAAAAACCUUCAUCGGGUUCAAAUUCCGGCUCGGGCUCCGGUACAAAUACUCCUCAGCCCUCUUCGCCAUAUCUUGGAUCUAAUUCUCGCACCGAAAACGACAAUCGUAACCAUUCAAUCGAUCAAUCCAAAACUAGUCGAGCGGCAGAAGUACUUCGUGGAGUGGAUGGUACUGACCGCACUCUAGCCCCUCAAAUGAGUAACUCCCUAAACAAAAGCUACAAUCCUUCUCCUUCAGUUUCUACCCUCGUCACUCUUCCCCGCGAUAAAGCGAUAGAAUAUCUCCGUCGCACUCUCGCCGAAACACUCCAAUUCAAAAGAGAACUUCAUUUCAAACCCGAAAUCUCAGAUGCAAAUCGCUAUCCUCCAUUAGCAGUUAUCUAUGGGGAUUGGGAUUAUAAAAGGAAGGAUAGUGGAUAG